UGUCUGUAAUGACACACGCUAAAAUACAGUUUUUUAAACCAUUAUGGGGUUUCUUAUCGAGACGGAUGUCUGUCCACAGUAAAGAGUUUUCUUAUGUUUCUCCAAUACCUAAAGACCGUUACCAAGAUGUCACUGCCCAUCUGAGAGUUAACAUAUUUGCGGACGAACCUCUAAACAAAUGUCUUGACAUAUUCAAGAAAGGCGAACCUCAGAAAGACUUGGAAACAUUAAUUAACACCGUUCUGAAAGAAACCCUAUCUGUGAUGUUGGUGGACAAAGAAACAGGGACUAAUGCAGGCGUCUUGUUGAAUUGUCUCUACUUACCAGCCACGGUUGAAGAAAAGAAGAGAUUCAGUGAUUCAGUAUCCUGCGAUAAGUUUAAACGUAUUGUCACUCAUAUAUACGAAGUUAACAAGCCGUUGCAACUAUUUCCAAAAUUCGAUAAUUUUGAAAGCGGAUGUGACUGGAGCGUACUCCGCAAAGGCCUUAAAAUCUGCUGGAUUGAGGUAAUUCAUGAAAUAAAAUAUGUUCAUUAUCUAGACGAAAAUAAACGACCUAUAUUUAAAGUCGACCCCCCACAUGAUGCUAUACGAGUGUUGUUGAAAUGAUUAGGACCAGUGAACAUGAAAUAACCUAAAUGUUGCUAUACUAAUUCGUAAUGAAGGUCCACUAAAAACCGUUCAGAAAUGUAACUUGAACUUUUAAUGGACUGUUAAUUACUUGGUUGUCUAGUAAUGUCUUAUGAAACAAAUGUGU